AUGGCGGCGGGCUCGGAUCUGCUGGACGAGGUCUUCCUGAACGCCGAGGUGGACGAGAAGGUGGUGAGCGACCUGGUCGGCUCCCUGGAGUCCCAGCUGGCCGCCUCGGGCCACCACCGCCAGCACCACAAGGCGCAGGAGCCCCUCAGGGCCGCGGGCGCGCUGUUGGGGAACCAUGUUGGCAGCAGCGGCGGCGGCGGCAGCAGCAGCAGCAGCCCGAGCCCGAGCCCUGGAGGAGGUGGAGGAGGAGGAGGAGCAGGAGGCAAUGCUAAUGUCCAAACAGAGAGCCCCGGCGGCGGCACCACCACCACCGGCAACCCCCCCGCCAAGAUGGGGCUGGCGGGCCCCGAGAUCACCAAGCCAGGAGCUGGGCCGUGCAAGGGAGUGUUAUCAAUCAUAACACCCGGUCCCAGGGCCCCAGUCUGGACGGGGCCACCACCACCAGCGUCAGUGCUGCUGCCGGAGUCCAAAGCGGAUCUGAGGCUGCUGUUGCCCCAGGGACCCUCAGCCAGGGCAAAUCAGUGGUCAUCAGCACCAUGGCAACAGCUCUGUCGACGAGGAAUGGGAAAAUUGGGACCACGGCCGUGCAGACUCUGAACGGGAGUAACGUGGUGAUGAACUCUCACCAUUCGGGGAGUGCUUCUUUCUCAGCCACCCCUGUGACGGCUAACCCUACUGUCAUCCCCGCUGUCGCCCCUCUGUUAACAACGACCUGUGGGAACGGGGAAGGUAAACACUUAACGCCUGCUCUGCCCUCUUGGUCUCCUAACACGCCAUCCAGACUUCUUCAGAUCAGGGGUGCCGCCUGCCUUCGCCCUCCCCUACGGUGAUCUCCUCGCAACAGCCCCCGAGCAUCGGGACCGGGGGCCCGACUGUAGCGUUGGUGAGGCCACCCAUUCAUACAGCGGGACCCUCGGUGGCUGCCGCCACCCAGAAACGUGGAGCAAUAUUUCAGGGAUCAAUCUAACCAUUAGCUGGAAGCUUUUCCUGCUGCAGCCACACCAGAAUUGCUGCUUCCAGACGUCUCUUGUAACAGCCACUGGUUCUGGUGUGCCGGCUGCACCUGCCACGCAGGUCAUCAAAUCGGAAUCUCCCAAAACUAUUGUGCAAGCAGUAACUCAACAGCAGACUCUGGCUGCUGGGGGCCAGCCCAGUACUACAGGGGGUAAUAUGAUCAUUGGGCAAACUAUGCAAACUGGGCUGCCCAACGUAGCUCCUAAUCCUGGCGGGAGUCCCUCUCCCAUGCCUGGCACACUCCACUGGCCUAAGGGCGGGUGCCGCCACUGCGGCGCAGAACCUGCCGAGAAUUCCAACGGGCAACAACCAGCGGAAUCAGGAG